AAGUUUAGGAUAUUAUACAGUUACCGAAAAAGAUGCACCAAACAAAAAACACACAAUAUACCAAAAAACUCCCAUCACAUCCAUGACACAUUUACACCCACAACAUAAUAACAUUAUAUUUUUUACAACAACAACCUCCGUCUUUAAUAAAUAAUCAAAAGCAAAAAGUUCCAAAGUUGGCCAACGCUGAAAAAACCAAAUGGAAUACCAACCACCUUCAUCAUCAUCUUCUUCUUCUCCAUCCCCAUCCCCAUCCCCGUCUUCGUCAUCGAAGACGGAGGAGCUUGACUUUCCACUCCACGCAAUCGGGUUCGAAAUCGACGAAGUGUCUCCCGCUAAAGUCACCGGACGUCUCCUUGUCACCUACAAAUGUUGCCAGCCAUUCAAGGUGUUACAUGGAGGAGUAUCGGCGUUGAUAUCAGAAUCAUUGGCGAGCAUGGGAGCACAUUUAGCAAGUGGGCUAAAGCGAGUGGCCGGAAUCCACCUUAGCAUCAACCAUGUAAAGCGGGCCGAGCUAGGUGACCUAGUUCUAGCGGAGGCCGUUCCCAUCACACUUGGCCGUACCAUUCAGGUGUGGGAAGUGCAACUAUGGAAAACAAACUCCAACAACUCAGAGAGCAAAUCCUUGGUAUCAUCUUCCCGUGUAACUCUGAUUUGCAACCUUCCUGUACCAGAACAUGCAAAGGAUGCAGACAAACAUCUUCGAAAAUAUGCCAAGUUAUGAGUUUCAAGUGAUCAGUAACACACUGUAGACGAUGAAGUUCACAUGUUGGUAUAUAUAAAUGGUCUAAACCCAGAUCACUCCCAACUCACACGACACAAGAAGGCUUGCAGCAUUGCGCCAUUGUUAUGAUCUCUCGUCCGAUCCCCUGCCUGAGGGAUGGUACAUAGUUGGACUAGUGGAUCAUUCUGACUUUGUAAUUUAAAGAUGAUAACAAUGAUUUAAACAUAUUGACUGAAGUUAUUACAUUAUUAUGCUAUACUUUCUCAAAA